AUGAAUUUUCCUAAUGGCUAUAAUGGCCAAAAUGUUCUUAACAUAAGUGAGAGGCCAUAUGUUGACCGUCCGGAUGAGGAACAUCAAAGUUUGAUGAAGGAAACAUCUAAAGUCAAUGAUAUCGGAGAGCAAGUUCUUAGCCAACAAGCUAAGGGGCAAACUCUCAAUCCUAACCUUGAUUCUCAAUCACAAGAGGAAAAUUCUCAUGUGGUUGCAAUUCGGCCACUUGUUCCACCUACUCCUUUAGAGGAAAGUAAGGUUUAUAUGAAAUAUGAGGGUGAGAAAGAGAUAGGUGAGACGACCUUAGAAUCGAAUGUUCAAGUCGACAUUCUUAUUAAGAACCUGACAUUGGUUGAGGAAAAAUUGUCAACCCAAGGGGAUGAGUCCCAAAAGGUGGUCACUGAUGAAAAUUUCAGUAUGGUCCAACCCAAGGCACCCAUCCUAGAAUGUAAUAGCCUACAAUCUGGUGAAAAAAAAGUCGGAGCAUGA